GUCUGAAGGGCCCGAGCUGCUGGACAGGAAACAGUGCUGUGAGCGAGUGCUGGACAUUUGUGACUCUAGCUUUCCCCCCAGCCACUGGCUGCUGGCUGCCGACCCCGAGUGCGCUGCAUCCCUCAGGGCCAGGCGCUGCUGGCCCACAAAAUGGAUCUCUUAACGUUUCCCAGAUAUAAUCCCAAUGACAUCAUAACUCACAUCCGCAAUCAGAUCCUAACAGGAUCCGAAGCUAAAAACCUCUCCAAAAAUGACUUGUUUCCACAUCCCAAGCCUGAGGUAUUGCACAUGAUCUUCAUGAGAACCUUGCAGAAUGUGUAUGGAAUCCGUCUGGAGCACUUCUACAUGAUGCCGGUCAAUGUUGACAUAAUGUAUCCACAGAUUGUUGAAGGCUUCCUACCUAUUUGUAACUUGUAUAUUAAUAUGGAGCGUUUUCUUCCAGUCUGCCGUAUUAAUGACUUUCAGAUUGCUGAUGUCAUAAAUCCAAAAGCAAAGCGGACAGCUCGUUUCUUGAGUGGCAUUCUUAACUUUAUUCACUUCCAAGAAUCACGUCGUGAGAUCUACAUGGAAUUCCAGUGGGCAUAUAAAUCAGCUCUGGAAAAAAUACAGCAACUGCAGACAGCAAAUCAGGAGGCAGCAGUGAAGCUAGAGAAACUUGACACGAUUCCAGUAGAGCAGAAAGCAGAGUUCAAGCAGCUGUCUGAUGAUAUUCAAGAACUGCAGCAAGUACUAAACCAGGACUAUCGUCAAAAAACGACAGCCUUGCAAGAAGUGACUUCCCAAAAGAAAGCAGAAGUUGCAGAGAGAACCCGAAGUCUGAAUCAGCUAAAAGUGACAAUGGCUACUUUGAAAGAAGAACAAGAGCAACUGAAAUCAAAAAUUGUAGAGUCUCCAGAGGAACUGAAGAAUUACAAAGAACAUAUGAAGGAGACUGUCCAGAAACUCAAGAAAACCAAGCAAGAGGUUAUUGAGAAGUAUGAAGGUUAUCGAGACCUAGUUGAGAUUCUGCCAUCAUGUCAAUUGGAGGUGCAAUUAUACCAAAAGAAAAUGCAAAGCCAAGGAGCAAAUGUGGAGAGAAUGGCCAAUAUCUCAUCAGAGGUCAGAAAUCUCGAGGACCAGAUUGAGAAUGGACAGAUAGAGUUGAAGAAUGCCGCGACAGAUGAAAUGUCCUUAAAGAGACUGGUCAACGCUAAGCGCGAAAAGCUGUCUACGGCUGAAAUAAGGAUAAAGAAGAAACAUGAGGACGUUGAGCAGUACAAGCGCACAGUAUUUGAGUAUUGUAACAGAGUUCAGGAGAAGAGAGGGGCUGUCUAUGAGAAGGUGACGGCGAUUCACAAGGAAAUCCAGCAAGUCAGAUUAAAAGUCCAGCAGCUGAACGAGAACACUGAAAAGGAAAAAAUGAAAGCACAGGAGAUCUAUCUUAACCUGAGGGCUGGCUUGGAGAAAUACCAUGAAGCUCUGGCAAAGAUAGCAGAGAGCUAUGCAGCCUCACGAGAUGAAAAAACUGCUGAACUAAAGAGGAGAAUGCUUUGAGUUCAGACUUCGUGAACUAGCUGUUAUACCAGCUUUCAUUUGGACUCUGCUUAUUGUAUUUAUCCUCAUGUUUGGGUUUAAAAUAUUGCAUUUUAUGUGGGAAGCUUCUUCUAAAUACCACCUCAGAACACAUUUAGUAUUCUAGACAGGCCCUGGUACUGUCAACUGAUUAACCUUGAUAAAAAUGGACUUGGACAUCCUGUCUGCAUUAUCUUUCUCAGUUCUGAUUCUUCUAGUGGUAAGUUUACCAAUUUAUCUUGCUUAUAUAAAAUAGUUUGAGGGUUAAUUUUGGCUUCUAGUGUAACUACAGUUUUUGCAGAAACUACACUGAGGAUGUUGGUUCGGGGUAGCUUUGGUUUGAGUGGAGGUAUCUUCUUAGAUCUUGUUUGUAGUAUUUUUCCAGGUAUAUUGAACACAGUCUGAAUUAUCUUAAGUUCCAUCUGAUUUCGAGACAAGUCUUGCUGAGAUCAUUGUGAUGGGAGAGUGGAUUCUUAUAUAAACUCUGGCUUGCUCUGCCCGUGACGUCCAGCAAUAAAGAAGCCGUCAGACGAAAGAGUCCUAUUUGGGGAACUACAUAAUUUCAGUUGGUGUUGCUAUGCCUCUUUCUGGAAGCUUGAAUCCAUGGUUUCUGCUUGGUGUGUAUUGAACACCCGUUUGUGUUUGUACAGGAAAAGUCCAGUUUGGGCAGAUAACUGAAUUAAAAAUAAAAUGACAUGGAUUGAUAUUCAUAGUACAUUUCUAUUGAAACUGCGCUUCUAAAAUGUUUGGCCAGACUGCCUUGGAAACAUAAAAAGCAACUUUUAAGUAGCUGCUGUAAAGAUUUGGAUAGCCUAAUUUCUCUAUUGUGUUCUUUCAGCCUACUUGUUUGUUCAUUCUCUUCUUGGUGUAAGUCUUUUAGUUUUUGAGUUUUAUGUUUGACCUAUGUUUAUCCUGAGACAAGGUGUGUGAGGUAAUAUCUUUUUUUAUUUGACUAACUUCUGUUGUUAAAAGACAAGCUUUUGAGUUACUCAGAGCUUCUCUUCAGAUCUCAUUCUGUUUAUCCUGUUUCUUUGGUUAGAUUUUCUUCUUCUCCUGGGCUCUGUUCUUGUAAUUCUUCAGGACUGAGCCUUUAAAUAUUAGUUUGUCUAUUUAUUUCCUCUCUUUUCUGCAUUUGGAUCUGCUGUUUUCUUCCAAUGUCUUUUUCUUGAUCGUUGAGACUUUUUAAAGUCACUAUGGGUAAAAUUUUCAAAAGCACUUAAAUAACUUGGAUGCUCUUGAAAAGAGGACUUGAUAAUUUUUGAAAAUGUUACCCUUAAUCUCAAAUCUUCCAUUACUUGAACAGUUGGAAUAUUUUUGUUGAUACAACUUCUGGUUUAGAUUAUUUUAGCCUGUGUACCAUAUAAAUAAAAUUUAAAUUUGAUUA